AUGAGUCAGUACGCGUCGGUCCCCAAGUCGGAGCUCGACGAGAGCCAGAUCCGCGAGCUCGAGGAGUACGAGAUCUCGCAGGGCCCUCUGAGCGUGCUGCAGCAGGCGGUGCGCAACAACUCGCAGGUGCUCAUCUCGCUGCGGAACAACAAGAAGCUGCUGGCGCGCGUCAAGGCGUUUGACCGCCACGCGAACAUGGUCCUGGAGAACGUCAAGGAGAUGUGGGUCGAGACGCCAAAGGGCAAGAAUGCCAAGCCAGUCAACAAAGACCGCUUCAUCUCCAAGAUGUUCCUGCGAGGCGACUCGGUCAUCCUCGUUCUCCGCAACGCGGCAUAG